CCAUCUUUUCGCAGAGAUGGGCGGGAGAGGGGAGACAGAGCAAUUCCAGCUCCACAUCUUUUCCUCAUGAGGCAGGUAGUGCUCGGCUGUCCGCCUUUUUCCUCCCACUGUGCGUUGCUGCCGCAACAAUGUCUUACCUGUGUGAGUGGCGCCACACGUCCAAGCAGAGUUGAGGGACAGAGGACACCCGCGCCUGCUUUUUCCUCAUCUGGAUGGGGAGCUAUUUGGGCGGGGGGGAGAGAGAAGAGAGCAGAAGGCAGCCGGGGAAGGGGAACAACUGGCACUCGCCAAUUCCCCCUUCCGCACAUUAACCGGAGACGACGGAGGCCACUGGAGUAUUUGCUUUUAUCUUUCGUUUUCUCUUCUUUUUUUUCCUCAUCGCACUGCUGGGAGGUGCUUUGUCUGUUCAUUUGCUGGCUCUCUCACUUCUCUGCCUCCUCAUCUAUUUUGCCAUUUACCUGGUCAACAAUUUUUUCUAUUUAUGAGCCCGACGAGGAGAGCGAGAGAGACGGGAAAGAAGAAAUUGGAAGGGGAUUUUUUCCCUCCCCUUUUUAUCUUUUUUUUUUUCAAAUCCCCUCUCCAUUCAUUCCUUUUCCCCUCUCAAUUGCUCUCACCUCCAGCCCCCUUCUUUCCCUUUGCAGCCCACGCUCCCUCCUCCCUUCACCGCCUCCUCCUCUCGAUGCCACUCAUUGUCCGCUCAUAACUUGGGAUACUUUUUAAUUCCAGCCAAAGGGGAAUUUGCUUCACCGACCAUGAAGACCUUUUAAUCGGCUCCCCCGUCUUUUGUACUUUUUUUUUACUUUUAUACCUUUCUCUAUUUUCCAUGUCCUAGUUUGUCCCUCCUUCCACCCAAUGCGUCCUUUUUUGGGCUCUUCGUAAAUCUAACGCUAGCAGAGGUCAGCUCGCUGGAGCCGAGAGGAGAAGAGAAAAGAAGCCGCCUCCCGUGGAGUACGUUGACCUUGAAAUUGCCGCUUUUUCCCCCCCCUGAAAUCGCUGUGCAGCCUCCCUCAGUCCGAGGCUAUGAGAGGGAGAGCGGAGGCCCAGGCUGCACCAUCAUGCUACUUCUGAGACCGAGGGAUGAGACUUGGGCCCACAAAACACAAGGUAUUUCUUUCCCGCAUCUCCACCAUGCUGUCGGCGGCUGCCCCUCCCCCCUCCGCAUCGGCACCUACGCCCCCUCGGUUGUCCAGGACCCGGGGAGGCGAGGGCGCCACCUCCAUCCGCCCCCGCCCCCGUCGCCGCACUGCCACACCGUCUCGCUCGGCGUCCUCCUCUUACUGCUCUGCCUUCUUCACCUGCCGCCCGCCUGUCAGUCGCGGAGAGAGAAGGGAGGCGGCGGAGGAGGCGGCGGCCACUACAUCCCCAUCCCCCCUCCCCCUCCGCACCACAUGGCCCUUCCCAACAUCCUGCGCGGCCUCAGCAUCGCCGUCGUCCUGGUGGGCAACUCCAGUGAGAUGGCGCUGGCCGGGGCUCGCGAGAAGGAGGACUUCCUGCACAUGGCGCCCAACGUGGAGAUCCUGACCAUGAACGAGACGGACCCCAAAAGCAUCAUCAAAAGCAUCUGCGACUUAAUGACGGAGCACUGGCUGCAGGGCGUGGUCUUUGGAGACGACACCGACCAGGAGGCCAUCGCGCAGAUCCUGGACUUCAUUUCGGCCCAGACCCACAUCCCCAUCCUCGGAGUCCGCGGAGGUUCAUCCAUGAUCAUGGCUGCUAAGGAUGACGACUCCAUGUUCUUUCAGUUUGGACCCUCCAUCGAGCAGCAGGCUUCGGUCAUGCUCAACAUCAUGGAGGAAUAUGACUGGUACAUCUUCUCCAUCGUCACCACGUAUUACCCGGGGUACCAGGACUUUGUCACCAAGAUCCGGAGCACUAUCGAGAACAGUUUUGUGGGCUGGGAACUGGAGGAAGUUUUACUUCUGGACAUGUCCGUCGACGACGGAGAUUCAAAGAUUCAGAACCAGCUGAAAAAACUGCAGAGUCCCGUAAUUCUUUUGUACUGCACAAAAGAAGAGGCAAACACCAUUUUUGAGGUGGCCCAUUCGGUUGGGAUUACUGGUUACGGCUACACGUGGAUCGUGCCCUCGCUCAUCGCCGGAGACACCGACGUGGUCCCUGCGGAGUUCCCAACAGGGCUGCUAUCCGUGUCCUACGACGAGUGGGACUACGGCCUGGAGGCCCGCGUCCGCGACGGCGUGGCUAUUAUCACCAUGGCGACCUCCACCAUGAUGAUGGACCGAGGACCCCACACCUUGCUCAAGUCCGAGUGCCACGGAGCUCCUGAUAAGAAGACCCCCAUCUCGGGAAACCCCAAUGAAGUCCUCAGGUACCUGAUGAACGUGACGUUCGAGGGCCGUAAUCUGUCAUUCAGUGAGGACGGCUACCAGAUGCACCCCAAGCUGGUCAUCAUUCUGCUCAACAAGGACAGACAGUGGGACAGGGUGGGCAAGUGGGAGAACGGGUCGCUGUCCAUGAAGUACCACGUGUGGCCUCGCUACGAACUCUACGACGGCAUUGCGACCAGGGAGGACGACCACCUGUCCAUCGUGACGCUGGAGGAGGCUCCCUUUGUCAUCGUGGAAGACGUGGACCCGCUGAGUGGCACUUGCAUGAGGAACACCGUGCCCUGCCGCAAACAGAUCAAAACAUUGAAUCAGACGAAGGAAUCUGGGAUCUACAUCAAGCGCUGCUGCAAGGGCUUCUGCAUCGACAUCCUGAAGAAGAUCGCCAAGUCGGUCAAGUUUACGUACGACUUGUAUCUGGUGACGAACGGCAAACACGGCAAGAAGAUCAACGGGACUUGGAAUGGCAUGGUGGGAGAGGUGGUGUUAAAAAAAGCCCACAUGGCCGUCGGCUCCUUGACCAUCAACGAGGAAAGGUCAGAGGUCAUCGACUUCUCCGUCCCCUUCAUCGAGACGGGCAUCAGCGUGAUGGUCUCCCGUAGCAACGGCACCGUUUCGCCCUCCGCCUUCUUAGAGCCCUUCAGCGCGGAUGUGUGGGUGAUGAUGUUCGUGAUGCUGUUGCUGGUGUCAGCGUUUGCCGUGUUCAUUUUUGAGUACUUCAGCCCCGUGGGCUACAACCGCUGUCUGGCUGACGGCAGAGAGCCGCACGGUCCGUCCUUCACCAUCGGGAAAGCCAUCUGGUUGCUGUGGGGUCUGGUCUUCAACAACUCGGUGCCAGUGCAGAACCCCAAAGGUACCACCAGUAAGAUCAUGGUGUCGGUGUGGGCCUUCUUUGCCGUCAUCUUCCUGGCCUCCUACACCGCCAACUUGGCCGCCUUCAUGAUCCAGGAGGAAUACGUGGACCAAGUAACAGGACUCUCGGACAAAAAGUUCCAAAGCCCCAACGACUUCUCGCCUCCCUUCCGGUUCGGCACGGUGCCUAAUGGCAGUACGGAAAGGAACAUAAGGAACAACUAUCCCGAGAUGCACUCCUACAUGACCAAGUUUCAUCAGAGAAAUGUCAACGAGGCUCUUCAGAGCCUCAAAGCCGGCAAACUAGACGCUUUCAUUUAUGACGCGGCCGUGCUGAAUUACAUGGCCGGCAGGGACGAGGGCUGCAAGCUGGUGACCAUCGGCAGCGGCUACAUCUUCGCCACCACCGGCUACGGCAUCGCCAUCCAAAAGGAGUCGCUCUGGAAGAGGCACGUGGACCUGGCCAUCCUGCAGCUCUUUGGGGACGGUGAGAUGGAGGAGCUGGAGUCCUUGUGGCUGACGGGAAUCUGCCACCACGAGAAGAAUGAGGUGAUGUCCAGCCAGCUGGACGUGGACAACAUGGCGGGGGUCUUCUACAUGCUGGGGGCUGCCAUGGCACUCUCGCUCAUCACAUUCAUCUGUGAACACUGGUUCUACUGGCAGCUGCGUUUCUGCUUCAUGGGCGUCUGCUCGGGCCGCCCUGGCUUUGUCUUUUCCAUCAGCAGGGGCAUCUACAGCUGCAUUCACGGCGUACAGAUUGAAGAGAAAAGCAGCUCCGCAUUGAACUCCCCGUCGGCGACCAUGAACAACACUCAUUCCAACAUCUUGCGCCUGUUACGCACGGCCAAAAACAUGGCCUCCGGGGUGAACGGCUCGCCGCACAGCGCGCUGGAUUUCAUUCGACGGGAAUCUUCCGUUUACGACAUCUCGGAACACAGACGCAGCCUGGCGGGCCACUCGGACUGCAAACCGCCUUACUUGGCGGACGAUAACAUGUUCAGUGACUACAUCGGUGAGGUGGAGAGGACGUUUGGCAACGUCCACAUGAAGGACAGUAAUCUGUACCAGGACCACUACCUGCACCAUCACGGUUCCGCACUUGGGCUCGGCGGACCGGCGGCCAACAGGCCCCGUAGUUUGGGCAGCGCCAGUUCCCUGGAGGGCGGCAUGUUUGACUGCGACAGCCUCGGAGGGGGAGCUCCGCCCAUUUUCACCACCCAGCCCUGCUCGGCGCUCACCCACAGAAACAUGAGCAAGUUUGACCUUCUGUCCGGACAGACUCCCCCCUCGGGGCCGGGCUUUAAGAGCGGCCUGCCCGACGCGUACGGAAAGUUUUCUUUCAAGGGAGGCGCCUCGAGUUCCACUUACAUCCCCGGGCCGAGUUACUGCGCGGGGAGAGCGGACGACGAUGGGAAUAUCCGAUCCGACGUCUCGGAUAUUUCCACGCACACGGUGACCUACGGCAACCUGGAGGGUAACGCCAAGAAGCGAAAACAAUACCGCGAUAGCCUGAAAAAGAGACCGGCCUCGGCCAAGUCCAGACGCGAGCUGGAUGAGAUUGAGCUGGGCUACAGAAGAAAACCUUACCACAUCAGCCACCACCACUACCACAACCAUCGUUCUGCCUCACCGCCACUUUUGCCAUCCGAACGGAAGCGAGGGGGAGGAAAUAAUGACGCCAACUAUCUGUUCAGAGAGAAGGAGAGCGUGAGGGACUUUUACCUGGACCAGUUCCGCCCAAAAGAGGGCGUCCCUCAGUGGGAACACGUCGAUCUGACCGAGGGCACCGGAAAUAGAGACGGCGGAGUACCAACUUGCACUUCUUUGGUUCCGGUGGAGGACUUCCUCAAGGGCAAACCUAAAAAGUCCGAAUCCAAAAGUGGCGGAGGAUCCGGAUUGGCGGGGGGAGAAUGGGAGUGCAGGAACUGCCGUUCCGGAGCGGGAAUGAAGCCGAUGUCCAUGCACGGAGGAGUUAUCGGGGGCGGCUACGGCGGCGCUAUGAGCUGCGGGUCCUCGGGGGGCGGAGGAAGCAGCCGCCCCAGCUCCGCGACCUGCAUGCGCUGCGAGGGCUGUAAAAAGACGGGAAACCUCUAUGACAUCAGUGAGGACAACAACCACCUCUUGGAACAGAUGGGAGGAGGGGGAGGAGGUGGGGGAGGCGGCAUGGGUGCAAUCCCCCAGCCGCAAUCUCAAAUCCAGCAGAGGAGGAAGGCUGGAGGAUUCGGCAAGCCGCUCAGGCGGCAGCAUUCCUAUGACGCCUUUGUCGACCUUCAGAAGGACGACUCGGGCGGCGUGUCCGGCAUGAUGGGGGGUAUGGGAGGCGUUGCGGGGAUGAGCGGUCCGGGUAUGGGAGGGAUGCUACCGCCUCCCAGAAGCGUUAGCUUGAAGGAAAAGGAGCGCUACAUGGAGGGCACCAGCCCCUUUGCGCACAUAUUUGAGCGUCACGGGGGCUCCGAGAGGGACAGGGACAGGGAGCCUUCGUUUUAUGGAGGCGACGGCCGCUUCGGGGGCUUGUUUCGAGGAGGUGAGGGCCUCCAUCGUCGCUCCGUAGGAGAGAGAGACAUGAGAGACAGGGAGAGGUCUCUGAUGGAAGGUGGAGGCGGGGGGGCCGCGUUCUCUUUGUCCAAAUCUCUUUAUCCAGACCGGGUAAACCAAAACCCCUUUAUCCCCACAUUUGAUGAUGACCAGUGUCUCAUGCACGGAGCCAAACAGUAUUACAUGAAAAAGCAGCAGCAGCAGCAGGUUGCCAAAACCAGCCGAAGUGACUUCAGGAGCCAGUUGAGCACCACGUCCUAUCUGCCCACAUCCGCCGCCGCCGGCGUCAUGUCAAAUGCGUCCCCCCGGUUCCCGAAAGAGCUCAGCCUGGGCGGGCUGAACCAUCACGGCUCCAUGCUCGGGGUCGGCCCAUCGCGACCCUUCAACGGAAGCAACGGCCACGUCUACGAGAAACUCUCCAGCAUCGAGUCGGACGUGUGAGGAAACCCCCAAACCCGGAUUUGGGAUUCGGAACGGGAUAGAGGUGCGUCGUGUUAGGAGAUCAGGGAUGUUUUUAAAGACGCUGUCCACGCACUGCAUCUCUUAUCCCGUACGGAGACUGGAAUUUAGGGUCGGCUGGGCGAGAGCCAAAUGCGGUGUCGGAAGCGGGAUGAAAACUUGAUUAUAGAGAAAAAAAAAUCUAUAUUUUGCAAGCUAAUCUUGGUAAACACACACACAAAAAAAAAAAAUCAGGACACCUCGCCGAGGCGGGGGAUGUGACCCCUCUCUCGCAAAUGGCCAAAGCUACUCUUACUUUUAUGUCCAGUCACGGUCAAUGAACCGGCAAAAUGCACUCGACUCAAGCCCGGCGUUUUCAUCCAGCGGCGAAGGCGCAGUCGCCGCACUCGGCCAUUAUCGCUCAUCUUCAUUUGAUAUCGGGCGCGUGAGCCCGCCGAGAUUCCACGGGCAGCUCGAGAGCCGGCGAAGGGAAAACUCGCGAGACCGGAGCGCCCGCCGAGCGGCCCAUCUGGGCUCGAGUCGUCGUCCCCCCCCCCCCCCCGAAGGAAGACCUCGUCGCCUUGCCAGAGUGGCAACACACGGGAUGACUUGUCCCUCCCGCCGCCCUCUCCGAAGGGAUCGUCUCAUCUCGCCAUCCUGAACUUGUCUCAAUCUUCUGUUGUCACCAAAACAUUUGUUCCUUGGAAGAAAUACAAUCACGGAUGACGAGAUUUUUGUCCGAGAAAGAACAAAAAAAAAGAAAAAAAAACAACAGGGUAUAAGAUCAACAAUAAUAUUAAUCACAUUGUGAAUAACAACAAUGAUUGUGUUAACGCCGCUUAUAAUAUUAAUUUUUUGUUUGUUUUUUUCAUGCUUUAUGCUCAAUUAGUGUGACAUUCCAUCCCCGUUUUGGUACUUGGCUGGUCGUUCAACCUCCAAGCCGGACUUGAACUCUGUAGGAUGUUUUGCUUCACGUGAGUAUACAGUCCAUCUAUAAAAAAAAAAAAAAAAAAAGAAGGAUCUCAAAGACUCAUACUUUGUUUACCGUUUGGAGAUAUUUCAAAUCAAGUGCGGAUGUUACGUCAGCGCCCGAGAGCCGAAGUCGUCGAGAGAAAAGGACGUGCCUUAGCGGUCUCCGAUGGGAAGUGUGUCCUCCUGUUGGCGUGCUCACUCGGUCGUGACUCUUUUACGUCCGUGCAGUAAAAAUUUUACAAGCGGCGAGAGAUGCCGCCUGGCAGUGGUUUAGAUACGAGAUGCUGCAGAGUUUUAUAACUUUGUAAAAAAAAAAAAAAAGGCUUUUAUGAACCUGUACGCCAGUUCUAUUCAGGAUGUCCCACCACACUGUUUCGGAGUGGCCCACUUGACAGCGUAGGCGGCCUUCUACUUAGCUUCUUUUCGAUUCAGGUUGCAUGAUAAUAGUCACCCGCCCUUUUUGACCUCUCACUCGCCUACGACAACAUCCGUCCGUGGUCCGGGAGCCCGGUUGAACUUUGUGACCUCGGUUCAUCAUAAUCCGUUGAGCAGAGGAGCACGUCCGUUCGAGAAAGGCCGCUGAGAUACCCGCUUUGAAUGAUGUAGAUAGUUUACAUUUUUUUUUUGUGUUUCUAUUUUCCUAAAGCUGGCCGAGCCUCAUUAUUGCACAGGACCUUUACCCCCCCCCCCCCCCCCCCCGUGUAGGUUCAGGCACUCGGUAGACAUGCCUUAUCAUGCCAUCACGCAACCCCCGCCCAACUCUCCCUCGCCCUCUUUCACGGGAGCUGUCUGUUAAUGACUCAUCAUCUAACUGUACAGAAUAUUUUUUUUUUUUAAAAAGCCUCCAUUAGCUAUUUAAAGGUUUGAUCUUCAAUUAGCUGGCGAUGUCGGCAAGUUCAAGGGCUGCAAGAGAUUGCGCAGGAGUGCUCAGCCAAGAUUGGAGCUGCUGGAGUGUGCAGAGCGCUGACAUCUAUCUUAUAACCUCAUCGAAAUGCACCACUGUUACAGGUGUGUGUGUGUGUGUGUGUGUGUGCGUGAUGAUGUAAGUCGCAAUUUAAUAACAGCAUUUUUUUUUUGUUGCACAAACUUGCUGAUUACUCUUGAUAAAUUCACAGAUAACAAUGUAAUCGUGAGAUUGAUAGCCUUAAAUCAAUUCACCUAGCAUCAAAAAAAUAAAAAUAAAUAAAAAAAUAGACCAGCAUCUCUGGAAUUUUUUAUACCCUGCACAUUUUCAGAUCAGCCAUUCUCGGAGAAGCAAGUAGAAAUAUUGGAAAGGACUGUGCCGAUGUAAGAAACACUUUGCUCAAGGCAUCCGAGUCGGCAUUUCAGUCUGCGACGUUUUACUUGUAAAUAGCAUUUUUUUCCGAACCUCUUUUCACUUUGUACAGUCAACGGACAGAAAGGAUGUAACUUUCAUCGAGUUUUGCAGCAAUUUACGAAAAUAAAUCAAUAAAACGUAUAGAGUCGAGUGAAGACACCAAUAUGACUCCUCCGAAGUGACAAUUGAUUUCCCGCUCAUUGUACGACAGUUUACCAAUCAAUAUAUAGAUUAUGUUAAGGUUUAGACUUUUUUUCCUUACAUUCACUCAAAGUGUUUGAGAAAUUGAUCAUUUACCGUAGGUGUAGAUGUCUGGUGAUAUAAAAGGGGGGGGGACAAUUUAGUUUUUAGGUCUUUGUUAACGUUCCCCUCGGAACUGUGUUAGAUUCUCUUUUUUUAAGGCCGGCUCGACUUUUUCAAGCUCGUUUCGAGCGUCGGCGCGUUGAUGUAAUACGAUAUGACGUGUAUGAUAUUUGCAGAUAGAAGCAGCAUAUUGUGAGCUUUCAUUUUAGGCGGCGAUCCUUGUUCAAAACUUUACGACAUCACGGUGUUUUGUUUUGGGCUUUUUUUUUUUUUUUUUUUUACAAAGCUGGCUUUUAACGGUGAUUGCACACAGAAUUUAGAGCCAUCGUGGGCCCGGCCUAUCCUGUUCCCUUUUUAUCAUUGGGAUUGACAUCACUGUGGUAAAGAAAGAUGUAUGUACAUAAAUGUGUGUGUGCGUGUGUGUGUGUAUGUGUGUAUUGAACACACUGGACACUUUCCGGUGUUGCCAUUGCUGAGAAUUUCAGCACAAUAAUGCGGGAAAGGUCUUGGUGAGAAUUCAUUUGAAACUGAAAUGCAUCAGUCCCUUAUCAAAAAUCAAGCCUUUGCUCAUUUUUCAACUUGCAGUCCAGCUUUGCUGCAGGGAAGUCGACCGUUUUAUUGUUGUUAUAAUUACUGACGCUUUGGGUUGCCGUUUCUUUUGCGUGUGUCUGAGAAGAUGAUUGUAAGCUAGAUGUUGCUUUGCGCCUGCUUUUUGCCACUGAUUAUUUGUAAUCCCGGGUAUCGAUUUUGGUUCGGUUGUCCACCUCCAGUUUGUUUGACUCUCAUGCGAGAGUCUAGCUUGUUGUGAGAGUUGCUGAAUUUUUGCCCGAGACCUUUCAUAUAAUUCCAAAUGUGCGACGUUCCAACCACAAACUUCUGAGAUUUUUCCAAACAAAGUCGCCUUUGUGUCGUUGCCGUAAAAUGCUCGUGAGGGGUUGUCAAUGGCUCUUGUUUUGGGAGGUCAAGGUGCGCCCACACACACACACACAUAUACACACAUAUGCAUGCACACACGCACACAGCGAGUGCUAGUCGGCCUCCUCGUCACAAGUCUUUGUUUCACUACAGCCCAAAUUGGUCCCGGCCUGGCUUCUCUGCACACAAGCAUUUGUUUCGAUGGUUCACGUUGAGAAAAACACUGUGUCACAAUUUCUUUCUUUUUUUUUUUUUAACAAUACAAAAUUGAGCUAGCUUUGAGUUACUGGAACAUCCUGCAGCUGGAGGAUGUAAAUAUCCCCCCCCAGCUGACAUCCGUGACGAGCGGAUGACAGGCGUCAGUAAAAAUGGUUUUGUUUUUUUUAGGGGCGGCGUUGUUGUUCAUGAUGUUUGUCAGCAGUAUUUGCAAAAGCACCUUGGGUUUUUUUUAGCACUUAAUUUCAUCACUUGCAGUCAGGAAGACUUAUACUGUGAUACUACUUGACACAUUUCCUGGGAAGUUUGACAUAAGACUAAUGAUGUAAUAAUUCUACCAAGUUGGUCGCGGAAUCUCUUUGCUAACGUUGGACGUUUUUGUGUGUGCUUGCGUAUGUAUAGCGCUUCUGAUUUAUACAAAUGCAUAUCAUUUCUAUUAAAUGAUAACACGAUUCUUCUGUUUGUCCAUCCUUUUAAUUGUGACAGAAGCGAUUCCACCUAAAGACACACGACCUGAUUCAGUUUAUUGUGGCUCAACAAAAUGUCAAAUAUGAGUACUCUCAAUGCUAUACCGAAUUCCAGACACGUAUUUUGCUCUUGGCCAAUCUUUUCUCUUUUCGUGGCCCUUUUAAAUAAUACCGACAUGUUUACAUCAUGAGAACAAAAAUUACACCUACACACA